AUGUCCGACGCAUACUCUUCGGUAGAAUAUGAUAGCCCACAACAAAAUAAAAACGAAAAUGAUGUAUUUUCCAACCAUGGCUCACUUUCGGACUUGGACAAUGACGAGAAAGAACGUUAUUCUCACCAAGAAGAUGGAAAGAAAAAUAAUGAGGAGCUACGGUCUAUUUCAGUGACUCCUGCUGAAUCUCCAGUCGAAAAAGAAUCGAACCCGAAGGAAAACUCUGAAAAUAAAAAUGCAUCGGAUAAUGAACUCGAUGAUUUAUUCGGAGGUGCGGAAAGCGAAGAAGAACCUUUUGAAAAGGAAAGGAGUGAGCGAAGUGAGCCAAGCGAACCUAGUGAGCAAGAAAGAUCAGAAGACGUUACCCCAAUAGCUUCACCAAUACACUCUGAAAAUGAUGAAUAUCGUCAACCAGCCACUGGGACAGACACAAUCACUAAUAUACAUCGUUAUACAACCAAAAGUUGUGACAAAAAGUAUUAUAUUGCGAAAACUCCAACUUUUUUUACUUUUAACCUUGCUACUUUUAGUCCAGGGACUUACAAUAAGGAUGAAGAUUGUACUAUUGAAACUAAUAAUAUGUCAUUAGGUGCUGAAAAUUCACUUCGAUGGCGUUAUAAAAAAGACCCUGUUACUGGUGAAGAGACUGACGAAAAGGAGUCGAAUUCCAAAGUGAUAAAAUGGUCAGAUGGUUCAAUGUCAUUAAUGAUUGGUGACGAGAUGUUUGAUAUAACUCAGCAACCUCUAAAUGAUACCUACCAAUAUUUGUCAAUUCCUCAUCGUACAACGAAUUCUUUGGAAAAUAAAGAAAGGCUUACAGAUAUGUUAUCAUUUCAUCCUUUUUUGGUUGGAAGAACCCAUCGAAUGUUGACGGCUUCCAUUCAAUCCAAGCAUGUCAAACAAGUUAAAACCCAAUUUGUUGACAUGAAUAAGGAUCCGGACUUGGUUAAAUUACAACUUUUUGGUGAGAGGGAAAAGAAACAAGUCGGCAAUAAACGUACAUCAACUUCAGCUCGAAUACCUCGGGGACGUAAGAAAAACGAAGACAAUUAUUCAGAUGCAGAAGAAAAUAGCUAUUCCUUCUCGGUUGGUAGAUCACGUACUGAUACGUACGAGGAUGGUUCAGGUUUCGUGGUUGCAGAUGAGACUGCCGAUGAAGAAGAAUAUGAAAAAUCGGAAAGGCGACGCAAAGGGAAAGAAAAAGCAGUUGAUAACCGUCGUAAAGAUAUAUCAUCAAAUGUUAUCUCAUCAACGCGGCCUAGAAAACGACUAGUUGAUGAAGCAGAUGAAAAUGAAGAUUUUUAUUCAGAAAAUAACAAAGAUUUUGAUAACGAAGAAUCAUCAUAUUCGCGUUAUAAACGAAGUGAACGUCAUGAGCGUGAAGAACGACCUAAGAAAAAGAUUAAGGAAGAGCAUAUAGAAGAAAUGAUUGAAGACGAAGAAAGUGAAGAUGUCAAUCGAAAACAAGGAAUAGAAACUUAA